UGCUGUUCUGUACGUUACGUUCUGUUCUAACAAGUUUUCGCUUGAUCAUAUCGUAAUUUAUAUACAAGCUUUUUCUUGAAUUUUAAUCAUUUAUUGGCGGUAAUUUUUUAAAAACUUGAUUUAAUAAAUAUUGUCAGAUAAAAAUUGUUAAAUGACAAAUGAAAUUUAUUCAAAAGUUAUUGUGACAGUAUUUUAAAGUGUAAGUGAAUGUGCUUAUUUUUUUUUUUAUUUAAAAAAGAGUUGAUGAUAAAAAUCAGAAAAUUAAACAAUUAUUCUAAUCUAUUAUUAUUUGGUUAAAACGGUUUUUUUUUUCACUUGGAAAUUAAAAAAUGAAUAUUCGUGACAAUGAUAUGUUAUUAAACAAAUGUCAAUGGUGAAUGUACAAGUUAUAUUUUACAAACAAGUGUAUAACUUUAAUUUGAUUAUAAUAUUAUAAAGUGUAAGGCUCAAUCUGUUGCACGCAAAAAAUAAAUUGGUGUUGUCAACAACGAUUUAUAGAGAAUCAGAUGGGAUUCUUUGGUUCACACAGUACAUACUGUAUGGCAGAGUGACUGAUGUCACUGAGGGUUGAAGACAAUAAAAGUUAGAAGAAAAUAAAAAGACUGUGCUGAUGGAUAGAAGGGAAAGCUAUUCCUCAUCUUGGCAGGUGAUUACUGAAGAAAAAUGACACAGUUGUUACUGAGAUAUUUUACAUGAUGUUCAUGAUCAAUGUGGUUGGAUUUAAAAUUAAUCAACAACGAAAAUAGUUUAGUGGAUGUGGAAACCGAGAGUUUGUUGCAGACGAAAGUGGUUGAAAAUUGUGCGAAAGUACAAAGGAUCCACAUCUGAUCCACCACCCUGGCGGAAUGAUCCUUUGGGCUGCUGUAUUAAUUCUUCACGGCGUAGGCUUCGUUGGUUCUAUGACAGGCGUACCUGGGGUACCAGAAAAUAUAACAGUCGUGUUUCUCAGCCCUACAUCCGUCCGCGUGUCAUGGAGCACGAGCCAAGUGGAUCAGGUGGAAAAAUACGAUGUAACAUACAAGCCAACAGAUGCAAGGAAUUUCACGACUGACAGCAGCAGGAAUGAAACCGACGAAGCUUAUGAUGCAUAUCUCAAUCGAACAAUGCUCAAUCAAACAUUCUCUCUAAGUUACUACGAACCAUACAACAUGACGUUCGAUGAAGAAAGAAGGAAUGACACUGACAGUUACAGGAUGGUGCGGUUAGUCGCAGGAAACAGCGAUGCAGUUACCUUGAGCGACCUUCAAGCUGACACGCAAUAUCAGCUGGUCAUCACUGCGGUGAGGGCUGGAAAAAAGUACAGAAGUCGACCGAUCGUCUUUCGUACACUAGAACCACCACGAACAUCACCUCAACAAGAUUCUACUGUCACAGGUGGACCCAUACCACCACCACCGCCAUCAUCAUCUCAACAUCCCCAAGCUUACAUUCAAGUUCGUGGAGUCGAAGUGGGAAUAGUAGUAAUGGUGUUAAUAGUGUGGGCAGGAGCUAUAGCUUUAUUCUUUAAUCGUUGGGGUAAAAUUCGAAUGUUACUUCCCUACCAACCAGACUACAAAGAACAACUCAAAGUACCAGGAACUGGAGUAUGCACAGUACCAAAUGCCCCAUGUACUCAACAUUCAUCGCAACAUGCAUGUUCACAGCAUCUACACUGGUCUAGUCAUCGAGUUGAUUCCCUGGACAGUGCUGUUGGAGGUGGGGGUGGCCUGGGUUGGCCCAGAUCCUCGAGGCCUCGAGUUAACAGCGCAAUCGACGUCGCCGGCUUCCUAUCCCAGGAAUUUUUACGACGACAUGGAUCAACAUCACGUCUAUGCCGCAAAGUCCGGAGUGCAGAUAAUUUAACGUUGACAGCAUUGAAUCGUCAAGAUGAACGUAAAAAUUCAUCAGAAGAUCCUGAAGCAGACACUGAUCGAGAGGCAUUUUUAUUGCCAAGCCAUGAAGAGGAGGGUAAAGGUGAAGAGACUGAAUUGAAGAAACAGAAUAGUUCAGAGAGUGAAUCGACCAAGAAUAACACUCAUGCUUCCCUAUCUGAAUUGUCUGAUGCUCAACAACCUACUUUCAGUACAAUCGCUUCUAGUAUUACUCCCUCUUUAAUAACGAGACGAUUCAGUGGAUGGAAACUUGGUGGAAGUCAUGAGUAUGUCAGAUGUCCUGUUAGACAACCGGCUUCUGUUGAUGAGAGAAUGUACCGACGGUCCUGUGAACCAGACAUCGGAACUCGAUCGCCACAAUUUCAUUACCAUCAUCACCACCACCAUCAUCAUCACGACCAUGCAUCUCCUAGUUCAACUCAUCAGUCAACUGAAAAUGAUAAACAUUUGGUGAGGAACCGUAAUUAUCCAAAAAAUACAUCAGUCUCGAGUGUGGAAAUUCAGCAUUUUGGUCUACCAAUAUUGAGUAUUAGUGAACCAAGUCCACCUGAUGAAAAAAAUCGUCUCGAUGACUACUUGUAGGAUUCGCUUGACGAGGAUUUCCUGAAGGAACUCCUCGUUUAAGUUUACACGUGAAUGAAGAGCAAUGUGAUUAAAUUACAAACUCUUUACUUAAAUAAACCAAUAAAUCAUAUAUAAAUGUAUAUUCCAGUUGGAAAUGAAACAUUGACUAAUGGCUUUAUAUAGAGAGAAUCUCUAGUGCCAAGCGAAAGAAAGAACGACAAGUCAAUUUGGAGUACAAUAGUAUAAAUUGUAUUGUACCUUGAGCUACUUUGUAUACCUGCACCUUCCGACUAUACAUCGACGUCAUUAAUGUACCUAUUAAGAGUGUGGGUGAACUUGAAGAGCUGUAUCUAUACACCAACAAUGAUUAAAUCGAUAGUGUAACCUUUACUGUUACAAUUCCACUAUUAAGGUGAUGUCGAGGGCUUGAAUGUUAUUUGUAAAUAUAUGUAUCAGACUUAUGAGAUACAACGAAAAAUUUCCUGGAGUCAAUUUCACGUGAUAAGAUCAAACAAUGAAGCAGAAAUUACUAUCAAUGCCUAACGAAAUUAAUUAUAUAUACAGCUUUAAUUAAAGAGACCAAUUGAAUCAAAUUAUUAUAUUAUAUUGAUAUUUAUAAUAAUGCACGUCAAUCAUUACAAAUUAAUAUUUCCGAACUUAAUGCAUCUAAAAAAUAAAUUAAGAUCUUUAUUUAUAUGUUUAGAUGAUAGAAAAUUGGAAUUAAUUGAGGGCAAAUACAUUUAUUUUUUAGUAAAAAUAAUAAAAUUAAAGCUAAUACACUAAACGCCCACUUUCUACGAUAACUAAUUAGCUGUCUAUAAAUGUAAAUAAAUAUGCAUAUCUUUCAUGAUUAAAUCUCUAUAAGUCCAUAUUUUCAGGGAUGAUAUAAUCAACUUGUUCCCUUUUUUAAAAAUUAUUUAAUUUAUAAAUAUUAAAGAAAAUGUAUAUAUUAAUUAUUACAAAGAACACUAUAAUUUGAAUUUUUUUGAGGCUGUAGCCAUUUUCUUGAAAAGUACCUCAUACAAAUAAAUUUUUCCUUUUAUUAGAAAAAAAUCUAUAAAGAGAAUUGAUUCAGCUUUAUCUGAAAAUACUUGGGACCAAGGAAAUGCUGAAUAAUAGUGAUAAGAAAAAUUGACAACAGUAUUGAGUGUGAAAAACAAAUUUUUAAAACUAAAGUCAAAUUGCUAGUCAAAAUUCAUUUAUAAAAAUUAUAUUUUAUCUAUAAAACUAUUUUCAAGUUUUCGUUUAUUUUGAAGUUCAAAAAAGUUUUAGAAAAAAUUUAUAAAGAAGUCAAAAUUGUGAGUAUAAACAUUAAUUAUCUAAUAAUGUAAAGACUUUCGAUCUACUAAAAUUGAUUAAUAAAAUUAUGAUAUUAUAGAACUUGAUUCGUAUAACAUGUAACUCACAUAUUGAUUUCUUUAAAUGCCAAUAAAUUAUUUAUAUCGUAGACCACGUCUUAACUUUGAUGAAAAAUUAGCGGAGAGAAGUGUACAAAAGAAAAACCUUCCAUAUCUAUUCCCAAUGUAAUCAAGUAUAAGUGUAAUACAAGAUAACUUUUAAAAAAAAUUUGAUAAAACUAUAAAGACCAAUUUAUUCUCUUCAUGGUAAUUGGAGUAGAUGAGGUACUAUUUUUUGUAUUCAUGUGUACCAAAUAUGUAAAACAAUCUGAAAAAUCUAAAAAUUUAUGUAACUAAUGUAUACAUGUGUAUUAAAAAAUAGAAUGACCAAAUUA